UUAGAAUAAAUUCUUAAAAUAGUGUUGUGAAUUAAUCGAUCAUGUGUAUUCGUCGUCUAGUCAAGCAGACGACCAUCGGACCAUCUCAAUUUUGUCAUUUUCCCAUCCAAGCUUCUUUCAUGUAUCUUGACUUUCCACUGUUAUAAGAUCAGGUAUAAGUCUAAACAAGAACUAGGUGGAUAUACAAACAAAGAUCUGCAAGAUGAUGGGCCAGCACGCCAAGUUCAUUGCUAGGACUGUAUUGGUCCAAAACAACAAUGUCGAAGAAGCCUGCCGUAUUAUUAACAGGAUUAUGGGCUCAGAAGGAUGGUUUGAUCAGUAUCGUAGAACUCGGCGCUAUGAGAAACCUUAUAUGGCCAGAAGAAGGAUCAAUUUUGAAAAAUGUAAAGCCAUUUACAAUGAAGAUAUGAAUAGAAAAAUCCAGUUUGUGUUGAGGGCAAAUAGAGUUGACCCAUUUCCUGGCUGUUAGAAAUUCUUCAUCUGAAUAGUAAAACACGAUUGUCUCAUAACUAUAAGGAAAUGUCUGUUUUAUUCAUUAAACAUCUAAAACAGCUCUAA